GAAUCCAAAUAAAAUAAGCAGAAAAUUGUUCGAGGUCAGCAAAGUGGGGAAACCAUGCGGUUUCUCAGAAACAGUCGGUUUUUCACGUUUUUCUGUUUUUACAGUUUUCUGCUGUACAGUUGACGUUAAAAAUCUUUAAAGGUGAUAUUCUUGAUCAGCUCGACGUGCUCUAUCCAACCAUGUAUAAUUCGACCAGAUUCAUUUUAUCACUAACCUUUUGAAUUUCCCGCACCUUAGAAACUUACAUCAGCCUUAUAUAUAUCUAUAGAAGUUAAAUCGGUGACGGCGUCGAAGACAGAAGUCAACGCUCUCUCUAAGACGCUAGACAUGAAGACGCCAGAAGGAUCUAAUUUGGGUAAUUUGACUGAUAAAAUCUCUCGUUUUAUAAACUUGGAGAAAUGGAAGUCACAUAAGAUCGGGUCUCACUAUCAUUAAUGUUGUAUCCUCUAGAGUAGAGAUGUGAGGUCGCUAUUGAGCGGUCUUCUAAGUUAGAGAAACUUGAGGUUGUUGAACAGUAAACAUGAGUAUAGAGAUCAGGUAAUAGAUUUCGAUUACUUUAUCUUCAUCGCUAAUAUGAUCUCAUCUGCUUUUCUAAAAGGAAUACUACUACGGUGUUACAAUCGUCAGAAGAUGUGUGGUGAGAUGUGGAGAUUAAAUGUAACAUAAGUUGUUUGUAACUUAGUUUGCGUAACUUUAAUGUACAUUGAUUGUAUUGAAACUAUUUUGGACGAUUGUAUCGCCUUACAUUUAACUUACGCGCCCAGUGUAUCCUGACCCCAAUACAUGCAUGAAUCAACGAAUCGUAUUUGGUUGGCUCAGAAAUUACUUAACAACGGAUGGGAGCUACAUGAUUAAUAAAAGUUAUCAGACUCUUUUCGCGGUUUUUGCUAACAAAAAUUCGAGAAUCUGUUUUGUAGUUUUUCUCAAACUUUUUGACAGACUUGGGAAAACGAUCGUUCGAUCUUACUUGCUAGAUAAUAUAGAAAGACUUUUGUAGAACAAAUUGAAGUGGGAUGUUUUUGGACUGUAAGUCACCGAUCGAAUUGUCUGUAAGUCACCGAUCGAAUUGUCAAAAAAUUGCAGCCAGUAGCUGAGCCGGCAAAGAAUUGUUCGGGCUGACACAAUGACGCUCAUUCAUUGAUUUUUGUUGAAAACUGUGCAAAAUUAUCAGUUCCAGGAUUGAUUUGCUUCUGGUUACUACGAACCUAUGGAAUUUUUUUGAGUUGCUAGAAACGCAGAGUACAUGUUUCUGUACAAAUAAGGUGUUAGCGAGCUCUGUGUGGGUUUUGUUUAUCAUUGUAUACUCAUUUAGUAACAAACUCCCAAUCGAGUUCAGGUCCAGGCCACAAUGUACGCCUACUGUUCUUUUUUCAUUCGUAAUUGUCCUUUUUCUUCAGAUUAAUCAUCGAAGAAAAAAUGAAGGGUCGUCAUGGAGGAUAUUCGGACGACGAAAAUAAUGAUACAACAACAACAAAACGAUCAUCUCAUCGUCAUAAACACCAUCAUCAUCAAUCAAAUAAUAAUCACAACAAUGACAAAUUCGAUAAUCAGAAACGUCCAAAAGUUGAAAGCGCGGAAGAUGAUGAUUUUGAAGGUAAACUACAAUCAUUAAUAUUUAAUCUUGGAGAGAAGAUAACACCAUCGUUAGAUCAAGCAUUAAGAGAUUUAUCAAUUGUAUUGUGUAACAAUCUAACAAAACAUAAGAAAACCAUAUUUAAUUUAUUAAAUCAAUGUAUUGCCCUAUUACCCGAACGCAUAACAAUCUAUACGUCAUUAAUUGGUUUACUACAUGCAGCGAUAAUUACAUUUGGUCAAGAAUUUAUCGAUCUAUGUGUCAGUACAUUAAAAGAUCAUUUACAACAAUAUAAAUUUGAAUUAGCACAACGUUAUGUUCAAUUUUUAUCGGAUUUAGUCAAUGUUCGAUUAGUAAGUACACAAUCAAUAUUACAAUUGUAUGAAAAUUUUAUUCAGACAACAUGUGAAACAGACGUGCUACAAGUGCGAACAGAUUUUUAUAUAUCAUGUGUCCUAGUUUCAUUACCCUUUAAUGGAAAAAUGUUGAGCGAAAAACAGAGUGUUGAGUUAAAUCGUCUUUUGUAUAUGAUCAAUAAAUAUGUUAAUAAACGUUCAAAAAUUCAUGUACCAAUCUUACAAGUUUGGACAUCUAUUGAGCCACAUCCACAAGAAGAAUAUUUAGACUGUUUAUGGAAUCAAAUAAAACGUUUAAAUCAAGAUGAUUGGAAUGAAUCACAAAUCUAUCGACCAUAUCAAACAUUCAAUGAUACAUUAUUUGAUUCAGUUGAUCAACAAGUUGUAAUCACUCACGAUUUACCAAAUCUAUUUAUACCACCGCAUCAAGAUUACACUAUUUAUCCAUUACCAAAAAUUGUUUUUCGUAUGUUCGAUUAUACUGAUGUACCAGAACAAUAUGUAUUACCCGGUGCUCAUUCAAUUGAACGGUAUCUUGUAGAAGAAGAGAUAGCCAAUAUUAUUCAUACAUAUCAUAUCGAACGUAAAGAUUGUGCCAUACAUUUAACACAGAUAAAAACAAAAAAUAAAAUACCAUUAAAUUAUAUGAUCAUUGAAGUAAUAUUUGGUCACUUAUUUAUGCUUCCACGUGCACCACAUCUAGAAUUAUUUUAUGGUUCAUUAUUGUUAGAAUUAUGUAAAUUACAACCGAGUACAUUACCACCGGUAUUAGCUCAAGCUGUUGAAAUGUUGUUCGAACGUUUACAUUCAAUGAAAGCUUGUUGUAUUGAACGUUUUGCAAAAUGGUUUGCUUAUCAUUUAUCGAAUUUUCAAUUUACAUGGGCAUGGCAAGAUUGGAUCGAUUGUUUAGAAGAUAAUCCAGAAUCACCAAAAAUUAAAUUUAUUCGUGAAACAUUUCAGAAAUGUAUGAGAUUAUCAUUUCAUCAACGUGUUAUUGAUUUUGUACCUGAACCAUUUUAUAAAAUACCUUACUGUGUCAAAGAUCAAAGUAAAGAAUUUUUUUCGGAGACGAUUUGUAAAUUUAUCUUAUAUCCAUUGAAAAGAAACGAAUGUGUGCAUUCAGUCGUACCAAAUAAGCCAUCUCCCAUAUUCAAAUAUGAAGAAAGUGAUCGGCCAAUAGUCGGUUCUGAUUUUGCUCAAAUAAUAAUAAAAAAGAUUAAAGAUCGUGUAACACCCGAAGAAUUAUUAUGUGAAUUAAACAAAAUUCCAAAUGCCAAAGAUGAACAAUUAAUAUUAUCGUCAGCAUCAACAAUCAUGAGAACUAUUGGCAGUAGUAGUUCAAUAACAACUAAUAAUACCAUUUAUAAUCCAUUACAAAUUGAUCUUUUUGUAUCAUCACUAUUAUGGGUCGGUUCAAAAUCAUUUACUCAUUCAUUUGCCGCAUUAGCAAAAUAUCAUCAAUUAUUUAAAAUUCUAAUUGAAACUGAAGAACAACAAAUUCAAGUAUUAAAAUCAAUGUUUGAUGUAUGGUCAAAUCAUCAACAGAUGAUGGUUAUGCUAGUUGACAAAAUGAUUAAAACACAGAUAAUUGAAUGUUCAUCAGUUACUAACUGGAUGUUUUCUCGAGAAAUUGCACAAGAUCUGACCAAUUUUUAUAUAUGGGAAAUAUUAUCAUCGACUAUUGAUAAAAUGAAUCGUCAAGUUGAGAAAUAUUAUAAUGAACUGAUAGAUUUGAGUCGACAAAUACAUUUAACAGUGACAACAAUACCUGUCACUAGUUCAUCGUCAAUUUUGAUAACAAAUAAUAACAAUACGGAGAAUAAUAAUCACGAUCAAAAUGAAAAUAAAACGUUAAUAGAUGACAUCGUUAAACAAGAAGAAAAAAUGGAUGAAGAUGACAAUGAGCAAGUAAAAAUAAAAGAAGAACAAACAUCAACUAAUGUAUCAAAUACAAAUAAACAGUUGAAACGUCGACUUUCAUCGGAUGAUGAGGGAAAUAAUGAUGAUGAAAUGAAUGAAAAUAGUAAACAAACUAAGAUAAAUACAAUAGACAUUGAUAAAGAACAACGUUAUGGUAUUGGUGAAGUAAAAUCAGAAUUACAUGAAAAAUAUGAUAUUAUCGAAGAACGAUAUCAACAUGGAUGUGAUCAACAGAAAAAAUUGUAUUUAAUUAUAUUUCAACGUUUCAUCAUGAGUUUAAGUGAUUAUUUGAAUGAGUGUGAAAAUAAAAAUAUUGAUCAUAAUACACCGUGGUUCAAAUGGAUCAUCGAACGUUUACAAGAUAUAUUUUUAUCAUAUCAUGAACAAGUAUUUCAAUAUGUGUCAACAUUUGAAAGUUUAAUAUUUACAAGUGAUAUUGAUUUUUGUAUAUUAGAAGUAUUUCAACAAUUUUGUGCAUUAAGAAGUUAA